GAGGUCCUCUCCUUCAUCCUCGGAGUCGUCCCCUUACCCCUCAGUGCGGAGCCCCAGGCGGGGACACCCCGUAUUGGACGUCCCCAGACCUCCGUGCACCUGGCUCAACCGGAGUCCCCCGUGUCGGGGCAGGGCAGGGCCACCGGCGGCGAGCCGGAGCCAGCCCAACGCCCCGGCCCCGCCGAGCCCUCGGAGCCCACUCAUGGCUCCCCGGCUCCGCGCGCCUCCUCGCCCGGUCGCGCUCAGUCCAGCUCGGGGCGCCGCGUGCGGGAGGAUCCGUACGCAGUGACCCUGGAACCCCCGCAGAUGCCCGAAGACUCGCCAGCCGACUCGCCAGCCGGAGGAGCGGCAGGAGAUUCCCCGCACCUCCAGGAGCUUCCAGGUAGCCCUCCAAGCCGUGCUCAGGGCCCGGCUCGCUGUUCCCAGCCCCGAGCCAUGAUGAAGACCUUGUCCAGUGGGAACUGCACACUCAACGUGCCCGCCAAGAACUCCUACCGCAUGGUGGUGCUGGGUGCCUCCCGAGUGGGCAAGAGCUCCAUCGUGUCCCGCUUCCUCAAUGGCCGCUUCGAGGACCAGUACACGCCCACCAUUGAGGACUUUCAUCGCAAGGUGUACAACAUCCAUGGGGACAUGUACCAGCUGGACAUCCUGGACACCUCUGGCAACCACCCGUUCCCUGCCAUGCGCCGGCUGUCCAUCCUCACAGGAGAUGUCUUCAUCUUGGUGUUCAGCUUGGACAGCCGGGAGUCCUUUGACGAGGUCAAGCGCCUCCAGAAACAGAUCCUGGAGGUCAAGUCCUGCCUGAAGAAUAAGACCAAGGAGGCAGCAGAGCUGCCCAUGGUGAUCUGUGGGAACAAGAAUGACCACAGUGAGCUCUGCCGCCAGGUCCCUGCCAUGGAGGCAGAGCUGCUGGUGUCUGGUGAUGAGAACUGUGCCUACUUCGAAGUGUCAGCAAAGAAGAACACGAACGUGAACGAGAUGUUCUAUGUGCUGUUCAGCAUGGCCAAGCUGCCGCACGAGAUGAGCCCCGCGCUGCACCAUAAGAUCUCUGUGCAGUACGGCGAGGCCUUCCACCCCCGGCCCUUCUGCAUGCGCCGCACCAAGGUCGCGGGUGCCUACGGCAUGGUCUCACCCUUCGCCCGCCGCCCCAGUGUCAACAGUGACCUCAAGUACAUCAAGGCCAAGGUCCUACGGGAGGGCCAGGCCCGAGAGAGGGACAAAUGCAGCAUCCAGUGAGAGUCAGGGACAUUAGGGAGGGGCUUGGGCAGUGCCUUAAGGGAGGUGGUUGAGGGUUCCUACUGCCCACCUCCCGCAGGGGGCCAUAGGUGUGUACACUGCCCGUUCUGAUUGCUAGCCACCUCCUGUGAGUUCUUAUGUCUGCGGUUUCUUUGUGGGAGGACAGAGACACGUUUGGGGACAUGUCGACACUCAUGCCGAGACAAGCUUUCAGUGUCCUAAGAGUGGGAGGAAUGCAGAAAGGCCGGAGUCCUGCGUCAAAGCAAGCUGCUCAGUCCAAGUCACAGGAUGAGAACAUCUUAGCCAGAUGUCCCAGCCAGAUUCCCUGGUGGCCUCUGCUCCCUCUGUGUGGACCAGCCUGGUCUCUAUGUCCCUGGAGAAACCAUCCCCUGGGCCCCUGGGUCUUCAACUCCUGCCUUCUGGCCCAGCUGUGUAUAUCCACCCCUCAACUUAGCUCCUGGUCACUUGGACAUUGAGCAGAGAGAGAGAGAGGAGAGAGAGUUAGUGUUUGUGUGUGUGUGAGUGUGUGUGUGAGAGAGAGUGAGAGAUGACAUGGUUGUGUCUCUCAGACCACUGCCUCCUGGCUCCACUCCCAGGCUCCUCCAUAUGACAUUGCUCUUUGUUUUGAAGCUGUUUCCUGUUCUGUUUUGAGUAGACAUGCAGUCUUGUUCUGUAAGAGCCCAGUGACUUGUCUUUGACCAGGCUUCCCAAUUCAGAUCCAUUGCUUUAGCUGGGGUCCCCUUCUUCCCUGCUCCCAGGCAGGCUGUACAGCUGGGUCCUGCCCUGUGUUCAGCAGCUUAUAAAAUGAGCCUAAGCACCAGAGUCACAGCCAGGGUGCCUCAACUGCCCUCAGGAGAGGAUGAAGGCCUUGGAGAAAGUGACUCUUUAAAGCCCUCCACAUUCCUAUCUAAUUCUGGACAGAGCUCUCUCUAGGCAGAGCACCUUUCUUCUGCUGUGGUUCCUUAAGCAACAGCCGAACACCUAACUGGAUACUGGGUCCCUUGUGUGCUAGGCAGCAGAGCGAAGGGUCCUGUCUGCUCCCGCCUCUGCCCACCCAUAGUGCACCUUAUGUACACACAGCAGUUGGAGGAAGUGGAGCAGCUGAGAGCCAGAGCAAUUCCAGGAUAGGUUGGAAAGAAGACUCAUGGCGGGUCUUUUCCUAGUGCUCAGGCUGUGCUAGGUACUUCUCUCCCCAACACAGGAGUGGGGGUGAAAACCGAAGCCCCUGUUCACCAACUCUUAGUACAUUUAUUUGUGCUUUAGUCUUCUUAGUUCGAGAUGGCAGUCAAGGCUCCUGCUGCCAAGCCUUUCAGCCUGAGUUUGAUCCCUGGGACCCAGGUAGUGGAAGGAGAGAACUAACUCUUGUAAGUCAUCCUUUGAUCUCCACACAUGCAUCAUGGUGGCACACAACAGAUCACACACUAUAAGCUGGGCCAGCCGUGGGCCUUUCGCACACCCAUGUUGUGCUCCUAGAGUUCCCAGUGGCAGGGAUUUGGACCACGUUACACAUCCUUCCCCCAGAAGUGAUCACUGAGGCUCUCCAUGGAUGCUGUGUACAUUGUCGUCCUUAAUGCACCUCAGAUCCAGCUCCGCACACCAAGCCCAGGCCCUGACUGGAUACUCACCUCGACACCUGCUGCCAGCACACCUGCUUCAGCACCUGUUGUCCUGCAGUGACCCCAGCGCCAACCCGAGUAUACCAGCUACGCGUCCAGGCAGGUGUAUGGCCUAGUCCCAUCCAGUCAAGCUCCGCUGCCUAAGCCUCUGUGUACACUAUCAAUUAAAGUUGGUUUGUUAGCAGCUG